AUGUUCGUGAGGUGGCUGCAGGAGCAGUCGGACCGCACCCUUGCCGUCCACGGCUUCACAGAAGAAGAGCUCAGGCGCAGCGAUUUGAUCGGCAAUAGGACGGUGACCCGCGAGCAGUUGUUGGAGAUGCUGGACGCGGCGGGCAAGUUCUCGCAGAUCGAGGACGUAGUAGGCGUCGGCGAAACGACCGUCGAUUGCCUUGGGGUGGACCUCAGGUUCACGGUGCGGUUGGCGUACCGGGGGAGCCCCUCUUUCCUCAGCGGGGUGGUGGACGAUGGGCCCAGACUGAGCCAGUACGAGGACAUUGGCUCUUGGCUGAAGGACGUUGCAGCGCACGUUCAGCGCUAUCUGGCCAUCCUGGCCAACACCCACGCGCACGUGCAGGGCGACCGCCUCCGAAGGCAGCUGGAGCACGAGGCGGAGGCUCUGUUGGCCGGCCUCGAGCGGCAGCAGGCCUCGGAGGCUGGCGAGGAGCGCGCGCGUGCCGCCACCCGCCUGCAGCUGCCCAGCCACGAGGCGAGCUCCACCCAGCGGAAGUCAGAGGAGGAAAAGGAAGGCUUGCUACAACGUCUGGAGGCGAGCCUGCGAAGGGGCUCACAAGUGGCAGGACCUGCAUGGGCUAGGCGGGCCCCUGGAGUACGAUGA